AUUUGACUACACGCGUCGUCACCCUGCUUUCGGUGGCUCCUCAGUGCGCUGCCUGUCGAGUCGCGAGCAGCCAGACGGACGGACGGACCAGCUGAGGACGACAGAGACGUGAAAUAAUCCUCCACGCACCAGAGAGCCAUCCUCGCAUCACCUCACCUCUCAGGUCAGUUUCAGGUUCCCGACAUGGCCGCCCCAGCGCCGAUCUCCCCGGAGGAGCAGGAGGAACUAAGAGAAGCUUUCGCCAAGAUCGAUGUCGACAACAACGGAUUCAUCAGCAAGGACGAGCUCACCGCGCUUUUCCGGGCCGCCAACCUGCCGUUGCCGGGUUACAGGGUCCGCGAGAUCAUCCAGGAGCUGACCAAGACCAGCGACCAGCUGACGCUGGACGAGUUCACGCAGAUCGUCCACGGGCUGAAGAGCAGCGAGGUGGCCAAGACGUUCAGGAAGGCCAUCAAUAAGAAGGAGGGAAUCUUUCACGUGGCGGGAACCUCGGAGCAGUCGGGCACCCAGCACUCGUACUCAGAGGAAGAGAAGGUGGCCUUCGUGAACUGGAUUAAUAAAGCUCUGGAGAAGGACGAAGACUGCAAACAUGUUCUGCCCAUGGAUCCAAACAGCGACGACCUGUUCACCGCCAUGGGAGACGGGAUCGUGUUCUGUAAGAUGAUCAACCUGUCUGUGCCCGACACCAUCGACGAGAGAACCAUCAACAAGAAGAAGCUCACGCCGUUCACCAUCCAGGAGAACCUGAACCUGGCUCUGAACUCGUCGUCGGCCAUCGGCUGCCACGUGGUCAACAUCGGCGCCGAGGACAUCAAGGAGGGCCGCCAGCACCUGGUGCUCGGUCUGCUCUGGCAGGUCAUCAAGAUCGGGCUGUUCGCCGACAUCGAGCUCAGCAAGAACGAAGCUCUGGCCGCUCUGCUGCGUGACGGAGAGAGUCUGGAGGAUCUGAUGAAGCUCUCCCCUGAGGAACUGCUGCUGCGCUGGGCCAACUACCACCUGGAGGCAGCCGGCGCCGGCAAGAUCAACAACUUCAGCUCCGACAUCAAGGACUCCAAGGCGUACUACAACCUCCUGAACCAGGUGGCGCCCAAAGGAGACGAGGAGGGAAUCCCCCCCAUCGCCAUCGACAUGUCUGGACUCCGGGAGAAAGAGGACGUGAAGCGAGCCGAGUGCAUGCUGGAUCAGGCCGACCGGCUCGGAGCCCGACAGUUCGUCAUGCCGACGGACGUCGUCCGCGGAAACCCCAAACUGAACCUGGCUUUCGUUGCCAAUCUGUUCAACAAGUACCCGGCUCUGAAGAAACCCGAGAACCAGGACUUUGACUGGAGCUCCAUCGAAGGGGAAACCAGGGAGGAGCGAACCUUCAGGAACUGGAUGAACUCGCUGGGGGUCAACCCUCGCGUCAACCACCUCUACGCAGACAUUGAUGACGCCCUGGUGAUCUUCCAGUUGUACGAGAAGAUUAAGGUCCCGGUGGACUGGGACCGAGUCAACAAGCCGCCGUACCCCAAACUGGGCAGCAACAUGAAGAAGCUGGAGAACUGCAACUACGCAGUCAAGCUGGGAAAGGAUGAGGCCAAGUUCUCUCUGGUGGGCAUCGCCGGGCAGGACCUGAACGCCGGGAAUCGAACCCUCACCCUCGCUCUGCUCUGGCAGCUCAUGAGGAGAUACACGCUGAACAUCCUGGAGGACCUGGGCGACGGGCAGAAGGUGACCGACGACACCAUCGUGUCCUGGGUCAACGACACGCUCACACACGCCGAGAAACCCAAAAUCUCCAGCUUCAAGGACUGGUCGAUCAGUAGCAGCAUGCCGGUUCUGGACCUGAUCGACGCCAUCCAGCCCGGAUCCAUCCGCUAUGACCUGCUGAAGACAGAAGACCUGACGGAGGACGAGAAACUCAACAACGCAAAGUACGCCAUCUCCAUGGCGAGGAAGAUCGGCGCCCGGGUGUACGCGCUGCCGGAGGACCUGGUGGAGGUCAAACCCAAGAUGGUGAUGACGGUGUUUGCCUGCCUCAUGGCACGCGGCAUGAAGAGAGCCUGAAGACCACGAAGACCCCCCAAAAUAUUCACACACAAGAUAGAUCACAUUUAAACACGUUGAAGUCUGAAAACACUUCAGUACAUUACAACACAUAAAGGUACAUACAUCAAUAUAUACAAUAAAGUGCAUAGUACAGACAUAACACAGUCUGUUACUGAUAUUCCUCACGUAUACUUUAGAAAAGCUUACAUUUUAAACUCACAGUUCCCCUUUUUGUUGCGAUAUUAUUUCCUGUGAAUCAUCGUAGUUCUCUGCAGCGUCGCGAAGGAUGUGUUGAUGUUUCCUCCUUUCACGUGUUAGUUUGUCUCUGUCUCACUGCUCAGGUUGUUUUCCUCUUGAUUAUGAAAAUAUUACAAAAUCACAUUUAUGCCAAAUGUUUGCAACAAAUAAACAGAUUUUUGUAUUAAA